AUGGGGGGUAAAGGAGUUACCGUAUUAAAUGAUCCACGAAAUCGUGUAUCUUCUAGUUUUGAUGCGAAAACUGUCCCUACAUCCGAUCCAGAGGUCCGCGCAGAGCUCAGAAAGCUUGGAGAGCCUGUAACUUAUUUUGGAGAAGAUGAUUCUGAUCGUAGACAGAGACUUAUAAAGCUUCUCUCCGAGAAGAAACAUACUAAUUUUGACUUUGACUAUGAAAUGGAAGAAGAUGAAUUGUUAGAAAACGAAGAAAGCGAUGAAAACGAGGAUGACGAAGACUUUUAUACACCUGGAGAACAGGAAUUGUACACAGCCAGAGAAGAAAUACUCCAUUCUUCGUUGGAAAGGGCAAGGAAGAGAAUAGAGAAACAACAAAAGAAAACAAAAGACCAGAGCUUUAUCAAGUAUCUCAAACAUAGGCGACACAUUAAUUCACAACUAGCCAAAUACGAGCUUUUUGGCACUCAGCUUAUACAAGGUAAUACUAGAGCUCUAUCAGCCGUGAGAUUCUCAAAAGAUAGUGAAUUGAUAGCGACAGGUUCGUGGGAUGGAGGAAUCUACAUUUUAGAUUCUGGAGAUUUAUCAACUAAGUUUAAGCUGGCAUCUGGGUAUCAUUCAGAGAAAGUAAGUGCUAUAGACUGGGAUGUCUAUACAGACAGCAAUCUUCUUGUCUCAGGAGGUAAUGAAGGAAACAUAAACUUCUGGAAAGUUAAUAAGGAGUCAGAGACGAAAGUAAUAAAGCCCGUCGUAUCUAUAAAGGCAGCCCAUGAUAAUCGUAUUACUAAGACGUUGUUUCAUCCUAGUGGUAGAUUCGUAACCUCGACAUCAUGUGACCAGACAUGGAAGCUUUGGGAUGUCAAUCGUCCCGAAAAUGCACUAUUGCAACAAGAGGGUCAUUCUAAAGAAGUUUUUGCUGGGUCUUUUCAUCCUGACGGCAGUUUAUUUGCCUCUGGAGGUUUUGAUGCUAUUGGAAGAAUAUGGGAUAUGCGGUCAGGAAGAUCAAUAGUUACACUUGAAAGACAUAUAAAAGGUAUUUACAGUAUGGACUGGUCGCCAAACGGGUACCAUUUGGCUACAGCUAGUGGAGACUGCUCGGUGAAGAUUUGGGAUCUUCGAAAACUCCAACGAGACUUCAAGGAGAUAUUUUCAAUUCCAGUGCAUACGAAGCUCGUAAGUGACGUGCGGUUUUUUAACAGGAGAUCUGUGUCUAAUGUACUUUCGACCGAAGUUGCAAAUGAGAAUGGAGACAAUCCUGAAGUUCUCGACUCCGAUGGCUCUUUUCUCGUUACCUCUUCUUUUGAUGGACUUGUAAAUAUCUGGUCAGCUGACAAUUUCAUCAAGGUUAAGACCCUUAGAGGACACAACGACAAAGUGAUGAGUUGUGAUAUUAGUUGCGAUGGAAGUACAAUAGUAUCGUCGGGAUGGGACAGAACCGUCAAGUUGUGGAAGAGCUAG